AAAUAAAUAACGGUACUGACUGAUUCGCAUCGUGUGCCUAUCAUUUUCGUUCUUUUCCAACAUUAAACGUUGUUGUUUCGUAAAUUUUUCGAAGGAAUGUGAACCUACUAAAACAUUAAUAAGUGGAUGUGGCCCAAAAAUGAAUUCAUUAUUCCGGAUUAGACCAGCAUUCUUUCAAAUCCGUCCUGUUCAUAGACAAACCCGAACAUUUAUUCGUCACAUGAGCAUAUCCUCCCGGCUACAGUCGGAAGACAUCACCUAUGAUCAGAUUCCGGUAUCGCGAAUCCGGAACUUCAGCAUAAUUGCUCACGUAGAUCACGGUAAGAGUACCUUGGCUGAUCGUUUGCUAGAGCUAACCGGUUCGAUAUCGUCGAAUGCUGGCAACAAGCAGGUUCUGGAUAGCCUACAAGUCGAAAAGGAACGUGGCAUUACGGUGAAGGCUCAAACCGCUUCGCUGUUGUAUAAGAACGGUGGUGAGAACUUCCUGCUGAAUCUAAUCGAUACGCCCGGGCAUGUGGAUUUUUCAAACGAAGUGUCACGAUCGCUGUCCGCAUGCGACGGUGUUAUUCUUUUGGUUGAUGCGAAUGAAGGUGUACAAGCCCAAACAGUCGCCAACUAUCAUCUAGCGAAAUCAAAGCAAUUGGUUAUCGUUCCGGUACUGAAUAAGAUUGACUUGAAAAAUGCUCGCCCAGAGGAAGUGGCACAGGAAUUGUUCACUCUGUUUGAGAUUGAUCCGGAUGAGGUGUUGAGGAUUUCUGCCAAACUGGGUACAGGAUGUGAGGCUGUUUUGAGAGAAAUUGUUCGCAGGCUGCCAGCGCCAGAUGCGAGAAGAGACGAAAAUUUCCGAGCCUUAAUUUUUGAUAGUUGGUUUGACCGAUAUCGAGGUGCACUAAAUUUGGUGUAUGUGAAAGAUGGUAAUAUUAGCAUAGGCCAGGAGAUUGUUUCCUGUCACACUGGCAAAACAUACGAGGUAAGAAGUUUAGCUUUGUUACGACCUGGUGAAGAACAAGUCAAUCGACUGGUUGCUGGCCAAGUUGGUCUACUAGGAUGCAAUAUGCGAACCAGUAAGGAAUCUAACAUUGGCGACACUCUCUACCUGAAGCAGGAUAAAACGUGCGUUCCUCUACCAGGGUUUAAACCACAACAGCCGAUGGUGUUUGCCGGAGUUUACCCAGCGGAUCAGUCACAGCAUCCCUACCUCAAAAGUGCUAUCGAAAAACUUGUGCUUAACGAUUCAGCUGUUACUGUAAACCCUGAUUCCAGUCCUGCUUUGGGGCAAGGCUGGCGACUGGGAUUCUUAGGAUUACUACAUUUGGAUGUUUUUAGUCAGAGACUGCAGCAAGAAUACGAUGCCGAACCGAUCCUGACCGCUCCUUCAGUGACCUACAAGAUUAAACUGAAAGGUGCUAAAAUAAUAGCUGCACACGGUGGAAACGAAAUAAUUCAUAUAAGCAAUCCAGCUUUGUUUCCGGAAAAGACGCUAGUUGAGGAAUAUUAUGAACCGUUCGUGCUUGGGACGAUUAUUGCUCCCACGGAAUGUACCGGUUCGAUCAUAGGAUUGUGCGUAGAACGACGGGCCAUCCAGAAGACUUCGAUUAACAUCGACAACAAUCGGAUUAUGACCACCUACAUGAUGCCGCUGAAUGAAAUAGUUGUUGAUUUUCACGAUCAGCUCAAGUCAAUCAGUUCUGGUUACGCCAGUUUCGAUUACGAAGAUCAUGGUUACGUGGCCAGUGCUCUGGUGAGGAUGGACAUACUACUGAAUGGACAGAUGGUGGAUGAACUGUGUACCAUAGUUCACAUCAGCAAGGCGCAUUCGCAUGCGCGGGAGCUAGUGUUAAAGCUGAAGGAACUGAUUCCUAGACAAAUGGUGCAAAUAGCAAUCCAGGCCGUGGUUGGCGGGAAGAUUGUGGCUCGGGAAACGCUUAAAGCCUACCGGAAGGAUGUAACGGCAAAACUGUACGGUGGUGAUGUCACCCGGAGAAUGAAACUGCUGAAACAACAGUCGGAAGGCAAGAAGAAAAUGCGUUCUAUCGCCAAUAUAAACGUUCCGAGGGAUACGUUCAUUAACGUGUUGAAACGAUAGUCUCGAGGUUCAUCAGGUAGGUCUUUUAGGUUGUCUGUAAAUAUACAGUAACGAGAAUGAAUGCAAUUCAAUGGGAAA